AUUCUCCCGUGUCGGGUGAGGAAUGAGCGACUAGGCUAUCACUUCCCUUGUGUUACAAAUAAACACCCCCCCCCCCCCCCCCCCCCCGGUUCUUGUUUCAGGGUUUUCCCGUUCCUCUCUUUUCCAGCGCCCUUUUUCCUCAUUCAAAAAAACCCAUCUCCAAAUCAAUGGAACCCAACACAGCAAUCUCGAUACCAAAAACCACCCAGGAGCUAGCAAUCGAAGGCCAAACCCACUUAGAAGCAACAAUCGAAGCAGCCUUCCAGAUACUCUCCUCCAUGAACGACGAGCUCUGUAACCCUAAUCUGUGGUCCACCACUCCUUCUUUCUCUCCUAACAACAGCAACAACAACACGAGUGCUAUGGGAAAUGGGCAUCACGUGAACGGCGACGUUUCUUCUGAUUCGGGGCAUCAUUUCGAGAUGGGGGGUGGAGCCCUAGACGAGGCGAGGCUCCGGUACAAGUCUUCUGUCGCCGCUCUCCGUUCGGUUCUCGCUGCUAUUCCCAAUUCGCAGAAGGCAAGCCCUUAUGACGCUGGUUCCACUACAAGCAGUUCGGUAUCCCUGCCAGACCAAGCUGAAAUUGAGAAGUUGGAAGAGCGAGCUUCUGUUUUGAAACAGGAGCUUGCAAACAAAAAUAAGCAUCUCAAGCUUCUCAUAGAUCAGCUAAGAGAUCUUAUAACGGACAUCUCAACAUGGCAAAGUCCUUGUUCUAUCUGAAAUUCAAGUGCAGACAGUGAUGCGUCGAGAAUCCAGCCAAUAAGAUAAUAGUUCAUCUUUACCUUGUUGGUUCGGAGAAGCUGCACUUGUUCAUCAAGGUGGUCUUUUAUCAGCCGUCAGUGAUGAGGUUCUAUUAGACAAGGCAUCAAUGAAGAAAGUGAAAUGCUAUGCGAUAAAUGGGGAUCCAUCUUUACGGAUCUUGAAUGCCUUAAUGUGAUUAAGAAAUCUUGGUACCAUUAUGGUCAUUUAGGUGAUGAAAAUUCUGCACUUUUACGGAUAUUGAGAGAGACUGUACUGUUCCGAGUGAUUGCAUCACCAUCAAUACGGCACCCUUUCGUGUUCCAAACACUGUAUUCAAUCUAUCCAUCUUUACGGAUCGCUUUUGUUCUCCUA